AUGGCUAUUCCCAACAGAGGCCCCGAGCUGCUCGCAGUCAACAUCGCCUUCGUUACCACCGCAGUCCUGGCUUGUGCAUUGAGGAUAUAUGUUCGCCUCUGUAUGGUCAAGGCAUUUGGCCGAGAUGACUAUUUGAUGGUUCUCGCAACUCGAAUGGCACCUAUACCUACAUUUGCUAAGAACAUCAGGAUCAUCUACAGUGCCAUGUGCGUCUCGAUCAUUGCUGGAGGCACUUUCUUCUUCGUCUGUCUCUUCCAAUGCUACCCAAUCUCGUACAUGUGGGACCGCACUUCGCAAGAAGGAAAGUGCGUUGACAACACCGUCAUCACCGCUCUCGGCUACGUCUACAGUAUCUUCAGUAUCAUCACCGACUUUACAUUCGCCAUCAUUCCGGGAUUCUUGGUAUGGCACUUGCAGUUGAAGAGGAGGACCAAGGUCGCUUUGAUCCCGUUGAUCACCAUGGGUUGCAUUGCAAGUGCUGCGGUCAUCGCGCGCAUGCCUUUCGUUCACUACUUCAACUCUCCUGACUUCCUCUGUAAGUUCCCCUACUGCUGCUUGUCGUACUGGGCACUAAUGCUGUCAGGGUCCACACUUGACAUCGCCAUCUGGUCAUCGGUCGAACAAGGUCUUGCUAUCACUGCCGGUAGCCUUGCAACGCUCCGCCCAUUAUUCUUCAUCGCCAUGCACAAGCUCGGUCUCUCUACACGCCCAACUGGAGCCUACCGUCCGUCUGCAUACGGCAUGUCCGCCCCCUUACCCGGCAACGCCGCUGGAAACUCCAAAGCCGACAAGCUCCGUCCCGACAUGUACAAACUCUCCGCCACUGUGCAGACUCGCACUUCCGACGACGACCCUGUUUCGAAUUCGAAUAAAUGGUACGGCGGAAAAGCGCCACCAAAUUCGAAGAAGAGUACGCGCGUGGACAACUCCGACAACGACAGUCAAAGGAGUCUGAGGAUCAAGAGCGCUCGGAGCAGUGCGGAAGAGGACCACUUCCAAAACGGCAUCAUGGUCUCCAAGUCAUUUUACAUCACGGAUGAAGAGCGGGGAUCGGUUUUGUCUGCGCCUUACAGAUGA